AUGUCGACUUCCGCCAUCAUCCUCGUCUCCUGCAUCGGCCUUACUCUGGUUGUUCACCUCCUCUCCGAGUACGGGCUGAAGUGCGUUGGCCUUGCGCCUCACAAAGUCAAGCUUCCCGGUCCUCGGACGGUGCCAUUCUUCGGUAACUUCUUAGAGCUUCGCAAUGGACAUGCGCGUACUUUCGUCAAGUGGGCACAAAAGUACGGUCCGAUUAUGAGGAUCGUGGUUGGAGACCGCGAGGCUGUAAUCCUGAACACAUAUGGCGCAGUCCAGAAGACUUUGAUUUCGCAAGGUCAAGCUUUUCAAGGUCGCCCUGAGUUCCGCAUGUACCAUGGUCUUUUCGCGAUGGCCGCGGACCACGACGCGCCUCCUACUCUGGGCACGUCGCCUUGGACGGACAAGAUCUCGACUUAUCGCAAGCACCUUGGCCUGCAGACGGCCGGACACAAACUCAACCGCUACAACCAUUUCGUUGCCCGUCGUCUUUUCCGUUUCGUCAACCUUCUUGCGUCAGACUCUCGCAAGGGCCCUCGGGAUCUGGGAUUCCACCUCUGGACGUCUACCAUUGGGCUCAGUGCAGACAUGUGCUUUGGUACUCGGAUUGGCGAGGAGGAGGCCCGUAUGAUAUCCUACGCCGAGAUCGACAUCUUCCGCGAGCCGCGCACGCUCGGUCAACCGCUGCACAUCGCCGUCCCGAUUCUCGACAUGGCGCAGAAGGCGCUCCGUCCCAUACAGGGCCCGCUUCGCACACUGGGUCUCAGCGGCUUCCUCGACAGCGUCGACGCGAGCGAGAGCGCCGCGAAGAAGCUGCGCAUGACGGAGAUUGGCUACGUCGGACGUCUGAAGGAGGAGACCAAGGCGCGUGUGAAGGCGGGCGACACAACACCCAGCCAGCUCGGCGACAUCAUACGCAGUUUUGGCGACUCAUACACCCCUCACGACGAGUACAAAGUCGCCACGUCGCUUGUGGGCUCCGGCAUGGGCACCGGCACUCUCAUCCUGUGGCUUGCCGCCAUGCUCGCUUCGCGUCCGGACAUCCAGGCCAAGGCUCAGGCUGCUAUCGACGCGGAAUACGGCAGCGAGACGCCUGACCCUCUUGACACGGAUCGCGUCGAAUAUAUCCAAGCGCUUGGCCUCGAGGCUGGUCGGUACUUUGCCUCGACGCGCCUCGGCUUUCCUCGGGAAACGACGGAGGAUGUCAUCGUCGAUGGAGUCCUAAUCCCCGCCGGCACCAUCGUCAUGCACAACACCUUUUCCGUGAACCGCGACCCUGCACGUUACGAUCACGUUGACAAGUUCAUUCCCGAGCGCUGGAUUGAUGGCCAUUACGGCCGUGUUGACCAGAAGGGCCCUCGCGUAGGCGUCCCGCAUCUGACAAACGGAGCGGGCAGGAGAUACUGUUUGGGUGUUCCCUGUGAGGACUGCCUUUUGCUAUCAGCAGGGGCGAAUGCUGACCCACCAUUAGACGUGAACAAGAUGCUGUACGGCACAAUCAUCUUGCUCUUGCACUUCUUCAACAUGGAGCGCGCUGCGCUGGAUGAGGAAGGACGCAACGAGGUCUUCCCCGCUUACAGGGCCUCUGCGGAAGCCUCCAACGAGCUUCACCCCAUCACCGACCAGAUUUCAGAGUGCGCCGCGCAGGCACUGCCCAAGGCCGCCGGUAUCCGCCUCACUCCGCGCGAUCCCGAGGCUCUCGCACGCUGGCUGGCAGAUGGUCACCAACUCAUGGACCAAUUUGAGCGCCCUGAUGCGUCAGUCGGCGAGGCAUUCUGA